GCGGCUGUUCUAAACAUUCAGAAGCACUGGGAGGACUGGUAAGAUGACUCUGACAGCGAUUACUCUUUUGUGCUUCGCAGCUUUGUUGCCUUUCCCAGGGCUGGGUAAAGGAGGCCACUCAGGAGAGCAACAUGGAGGGGUGCCAGGUCAGGUGUCCAUUAAUGUGGUGGUCACUAAUAAAUUUGCUAAUGAGUUGAACACCUACCCUGUCACUGCACCAAAGGGAAUGCCGAUAUUUGGGGUCUUAAAUCAACUGCAGGACAGCAAUCAGCUGAAUUUCACAUACAGCAUCAGCAAAAGCUAUGGCAUAUUUCUGGAGAGUGUGAAUGGACUGGCUGGAUCUACGGAGAACAAAACCUACUGGGAGCUUCUGUCUAAAAGAGAAAGGAAAACAACCCGACUGAACGUGGGAAUUGGCUGCUACCAACCCGAGAGGAAUGAGAAUUUCAUUAUGAAUUUCACCACCUGGGCCUAACCACUUCUGUUGCCGAAUUUCGUUUCGCUAUCGAAUUCAUGGUUGCAAAUGAAACCCCUUUGAUUUAGAUAUAAAUGAACCAAUUAAUCAAUAAAAUAGAUAACUGCAAUAAUCAAGUUACAAAGUAAUGUAUUUAAUUGUAUCUCCAGCAUUGUAAUACUCCAAUAAAAGCACAGUUAGGAUUAAA